CAGCGACAAAAUUAAAUAUGACCUUACCAGCGACAAAAUUAAAUAUGACCUUACCAACGAAAAAAAUUAAAAAGGGCUCUAAGAAACGUGGGAGCAACAAUACAGCUCUUCGCUAUGACGAAGAAUCACGCGGACCUGAUAGCCAUAUCUGUCAACCUCGAUGCCCGGACAUAUACAGCCCCGUAUGUAUUGUCUUGAACAAUGAAAAUGGGAAAUACUACAAGGUGUUGUAUUUCGUAAACCACUGCGAAGCAGACAGAUACUUAUGCGACUUUUGGGCAGAUUUUCCGGUACCGUCAAGUGAAGACGCUGCGGAUAUAAAAUAUUCUAACUUGGAUUGGACAUUCUGUGGCACGCAAGAAUACAUGCGGUUCGUUAUAUUUUCCCAAAAUCUGUCUUCGAUGGAUCAUUAUGGAUGGUUAAAAGGAAGCCAAAAGUAUAACCGAAUAUUGAAAUCCCAUGAAAGAGGUUCUGGGUAGGUAACAAGAUCUACAAAACGGAUUUAAUCAGUUUCAAAAUAAAAUCAUUUUU